GAUGUCGCCUGGGGAGGAGGACCCUCUCCUGACGGCCGAGCACGGCGCGGGCCCCUGGAAUCAAGGGAAGCCGGAGGGGGACCCCGAAAAGUGGCACUUGCGCUUCAGGGCCUUCUCCUGGGAGGGCUCCGACCCCGUGGGAGAGCUGCAGCAGCUGUCGGAGCUGUGCCACCGCUGGCUGCGGCCCGACCUGCACUCCAAGGAGCAGAUCCUGGACCAGCUGGUGCUGGAGCAGCUGGUGAUCUCGGCACCCGAGGACCUGCAGGUCCAGAUCCGGGAGAGCGGCGUGCGGAGCUGCAGGGACCUGGAGGAGCUGCUGCGGGGCCACGGGAGGCCCGUGCAGUCGUCCAUCGUCGUCUAUGAAGGACAGAAAUUCCUCAUGCGGGACGCGGACGUCGAGAUGGCGGACGCAGAGGCCAGCGAGCCGGGCACCGUGGUCGACUUGUCCCCCAGGUGCCGGAGCGUGGAGGGCUCGGCCCUGCCCCACGGGAGCCUGGUCAGCCCGCAGCCGCCGGACCUGGCGGGGACGGAGGAGCCGUCGGGGGCCCAGUGCGAGGCCGUCCCGCCGGAGACCACGCCUGAGGAAGGGGAGCAGGGGCCGCCCCAGGAGAUGUCCGCGCAGCAGUCCCCGGAGCCUGUGCUCCCACCGGCCCCAGGUCCUGCAUGGACACAGGACGACCAGGAGCCCCAGGAUGGAGACACCGCCACUGCGAACGGGGCUGCCGGCCCCGCGGCCACCUGCGCUCCGGAGACAGGAGGCUGCGCUGAGCGUGCGCCCGAAGGAGACCCCCCAGGCACGAGAAGCCCCCCGAGGAGGAGCGCGGGCCGGGCGCUGUCCCCGGGAGGCCCCCAGGGAGGCCCGGGGUGUCCCGAGGAGCGAGGCGGAUUGCACACAGAGGCGACGCCGGGCAGCCCCACGCCCGCUCUCCCUGGUCCUGGCCAGGCCACCCCCUCGGCCCCGCACAGGUGCGGCGUGUGCAGCAAGACCUUCCAGUACCCGUCGCAGCUCGUCAUCCACUCGAGGUCGCACACGGGCGAGCGGCCCUUCCGCUGCGACGAGUGUGACAAGGGCUUCAUGCAGCUGUCCGACCUGCGCGUGCACCAGCGCAUCCACACGGGCGAGCGGCCCUUCCGCUGCCGCCUCUGCCCCAAGGCCUUCACCCACGAGUCCACGCUGCUGGGCCACCUGCGCACGCACACCCGCGAGCAGCCCUACGUGUGCGAGCACUGCGGCAAGGGCUUCAGCCACCGGGGCAACCUCAACGUGCACACGCGCAUCCACACGCAGGCCAAGCCCUACCCCUGCCCCGUGUGCGGCCACACCUUCCGCCAGCUGGGCACCAUGAGGCGGCACUGCAAGACCCACAUGAGGACGGGGCCGCCGGACGUGCCUGCGGGGCCCCGCGCAGAGCCGCAGGACACGGCGUAGACGCGGCGCCCGCAACAGCACUUAGAAGGGUCCUGCCGGGUGCGGGGGGUGGGGGGGACCCUGGUCUUGGGGCCUGUGGCUCAUUCUUUGAAUUUUGUUUUGGGGGAUUGAGCCUAGGACUUUCCCACUGAGCUACAUCCUCAUUCCCCUUUAUUGAGAUAGGACCUCACUGAGUCACCCAGUUGCCCGGGCUGGGCUCAAACUUGAAAUCCUCCUGCCUCAGCCUCCCAGCGUGCCAGGAUGAUCAACAAGUCGUGCUACCACUUGGGGGCGCCGCUCACCGCCGUUCUGCCUUUUCCCACUUUAUAGUGGGGUUGCCUGCUCAGUAAGCAGAUGAGGAAGAAGGAUUUCGCAAUGACUCCCGCUGUUAAAUCCAUGGCCACGACUUUAAAUGGAUUUAAAUUCUUUUCCUUUUCCCUUUUUGUUUCCCAUUGUGAGGCCCGCUGAAGGAGGCCGCGUGCCCUGGGCGGGCCGUGGUGGCAGCAGCGGGGUUCAGGGUGCUCGCCGGGUCCGCUGUGGCCUGGCAGCGUGGCUUUGUCAAGGCAGGUGCCGCCUCACACAGCUCUCAUUCUGAGAAUCCUCCUGUCAAGGGCCGCUGUUGGUUCCCAGUUCCGCAGUUACUGCCACAGGUGCCCAGCAGGGGGUGGCAGAGGCUGAUCUUUGGAGCCUCAGCGUACGGUCGCCCUCUUGGAGCGGCCUGAACCGGCCUUGACCGCUGGGGCCACCAGGGCUGCUCUUAACUGCGUGCCCGGGCUCCAGUUCAGUCUCUCUGAUUUUACUAUCGUCGAUGCUGACGGGUUCCCUGGAGAUAAACCGUGACUGUUCUGUGAUGCUCUGGCGAUCAUGUGAUAGCUUAUUUUAUUAUGCAGUAUUGGGAGACUGUUCUCAUUUUACAUAUUUUUAACAAACUUAGGGUAAACUGCUAAAGCCAUUUUACCACCUCUCAGGUAUCGGGAGAAUUUAAGGCUCAGAGAAAAUGGGGCAGUGAUGCAAACGAGAAAUGGGAGAAAUGGUCUGGAUUACAUAAUUGUGUAGGAAAAUAGGACAAAAGGAACGGAAAAGAGUGUGCCGGGCGGGGUGGCGCACACCUGCAAUCCCAGCACUCAGGAGGCUGAG